AUGAUCUCUAGUAAUGGCGUCUGGUCGGCUGGCAGGAGGAUCAAUGGCGAGUCGGUAGCUGCGCGGGGAUUCUUCAAGCUAUUGUGGAAGUGGUCAAGUGGAGGACGUUGUCAGGAUGUGAGAAAACGGAUAGAUACUCAGUUUCCUCGAACGUUCAUCCAACGACCAGCUAAAUCUCGAUCCCUCAUCCUUCGAAAACCUCAGUUAUGCUCCUCCUUCCGCCACCAGACCACAACAUCCUCCCAACAAGUACAGAAAUCAUAUGCAGAAGAAGAAGGUCUAGAAGCGGAGGCUACCAUCCCUGGAAGAAAUGCCAUUCCCGAAUCUCUCCGCCAUUUAAUGCGCGCUCUCCCCUCCACCGUCGUCGUCCUCACUACGAGCGCUACAGAACCCAAUCUGCCCAACACACCAGACUCCCCAAAAAACUCUCCAGACAGCCUCUAUCGCGGCAUGACAAUUUCCUCGUUCACAACGCUCUCCCUAUUUCCGCCACUUGUAACGUUUAACAUCCGCGCUCCAUCUCGCACCUUGUCCGCUAUAGAACAGUCUAGAUGUUUUCUAAUACAUGUGUUGGAGUCGAGCAAAGAGGGGGCGAUGAUCGCAGAUUCUUUUACUAGGGGUAACUCAGACCAAGAGGGAGUUAGUAAAGCUUUUAACGCUGAAGAUGGGUUGUUCAAGGUAGAAAACGUGGUUGUUGGAUUGCGAAAUAAGUCCGAGCGUUCUAUGGGAAAGGAUGAGUUAGAAUUGCCGAAGCUUUCGGGAAAGAGCGUGAAACGAGUGCUUGCUUGCGCACUGCCUACUGCCUCGGAGGUGGGAGGUGAUACAAAUGGGCUAAUCAAGGUUGGUAAUCAUGUCAUGGUUAUUGCAAAAGUUACCGCUCUCUUCCCAGAGGAGGAGGGAAGUGAAGCAGAAUACGGGUUGAGUUAUGUGGAUGGGAGUUAUAGGAAGGUGGGAGAAGUCAUUGGAAUUCAUGACACGAAGACUGAUAUUGACGGGGAAAGUUGA